AUGGCUUCUUUGAUCCGUCUGAUAUUGUUCUCAAUGCUUAUGUUCUACUUACUCGGCACCCUUAACAUUUUAGCAACUGAAACAGCCUCAACUUUCAGGCACUAUGAUUGCAAAUUCUUGCCAAAGUUUCGUCCCAAAAGUAGUUACCAAUUGAAUCUGAAUAAACUCUUAUCUAAACUUACAUCCAAAGUUAACACCACCAACUAUUACAACACCACAGUCAGUGGAACAAACAAACAAGACACUGUCUAUGGCCUCUUCAUGUGCAAUGGAUAUACGGAGAAAUGUGGAGAAUGUGUGAAUACUUCAAUCCAGACACUUAAAUCAAAGUGUGUCUUCAACAAAGAGGCUAUAAUUUGGACUCAUGAAUGCAUGGUUCGCUACUCAGACAGGUUUUUCUACAACACUACUGAGAAACGGCCAUCAUGGUGUGUUAAGAACAGUGAGGAUUAUGAGGGGGAAUUGGAUAUUUUCAACAGAAUGCUGAGUUCCUUGAUGGAGGAUCUUCUGAAUGAAGCCAGUGAAGCUCAAAUGGGUUCUGUUAAAUUUGCUGUGAAGAAAAUAACAUUCUCUCAGGACAAGCACUUUUUUGGCUUCGCUCAGUGCAUGCCAUACCUCUCCAAGGAAAAUUGCAGAAAGUGCCUUAGGGAUGCCAUGAAUUUUCUUCAAACAUGUGCAAAAGGCAAGAUAGGAGGAAGAGUUAUAUAUCCCAGCUGUAUUGUUAGAUAUGAUCAUUAUCUGUUUUUCCCACUUCUUAGAGGAAAAAGAAAGAAUCUGAGAGUAAUUGCAUCAAUCAUAUUUUUUCAUGGCGUUGUUCCAGUUAUUGUUUUGCUUUUUGUUUGCUAUUUGUUACAUAGGGAGUUAAGGAAGGAUCUCAAGCACCGAAAAGGAAAUUUAACUGACUACAUUUUUGGUUUAGGUGGGGAAGAGAUUUCAACAGGAUUGAACUCUCUGCAAUUUGAAUUGAGUACUAUUCAAGAAGCAACAAACAAGUUUUCUGAUGAUAACAAGAUAGGGGAAGGUGGUUUUGGAGCAGUAUACAAGGGUGUAUUUUCAAAUGGACUUGAAAUAGCAGUAAAGAGGCUAAAGAAAAAUUCCAGUCAAGGAGCUAUAGAAUUCAAGAAAGAGGUUUUGCUAAUUUCCAAACUUCAACAUAGAAAUCUUGUGAGACUGAUAGGAUUUUGCAUGCAAAGGAAUGAGAAGAUACUCAUUUAUGAGUUUGUGCACAACAAAAGCCUUGAUUACUACCUAUUCAGCCCUCAAAAUCAUAGGAAAUUAAGUUGGUCCGAACGUUACGAGAUUAUAAGAGGAAUUGCACGAGGAAUUCUCUAUCUUCACGAGGAUUCUCAUCUUAACAUUAUACACUGUGAUCUUAAACCUAGUAACAUUUUGCUAGACAACAAAAUGAACGCAAAAAUAUCAGAUUUUGGAUUAGCAAGGAUUAUUUCCAUUGAUCAAAUGCAAGGGAUCACAAGUAUAAUUUCUGGAACAUAUGGCUACAUGUCUCCUGAAUAUGCAAUGCUUGGCCAAUUUUCUAUGAAAUCUGAUGUUUUUAGUUUUGGAGUUAUAAUUCUUGAAAUAAUCAGUGGGAAGAGAAACGUUGAUGGGAAUGGAAAAGAUUUGGAUGAUCUCUUGAGCCAUGCUUGGAAGAAGUGGAAGAAAAACAAAGUACUUGAAUUGUUGGAUCCCUCAUUACGACACUCCUUCUCUGAAACAGAAAUCAAAAAGUGUGUACAAAUUGGUCUAUUAUGUGUUCAGGGAAACCCAGAUCAGAGGCCUAUCAUGGCAAAAAUUGCUUUGUAUUUUAGCUGUGAUCAAGUUGGAAAACUGCCUUUACCUCAAGAACCAGCAUUUCUUAUGCGUGGAAAAACAGAAACCAAGGAUUUCUAA